AUUUUUGCCGUCCUCUUUCUUUUCGAUUUUUCCAUCGUAUACGCCAACAUGGGUUUCGCUACUCUCUGGUACUCGCAUCCUCGUAAAUACGGCCAAGGCUCCCGUUGCUGCCGUGCCUGCUCAAACCGACAUGGUCUGAUCCGCAAAUACGGCCUGAACAUUUGUCGUCAAUGCUUCAGGGAGUACGCCAAUGACAUUGGCUUCAAGAAGCUGGAUUAAAUUUCCUCUUCAUUCUUUGGCGUUUAAUACGUCAAUCUUUAAGCAUAUUAAUUUUAGUAGUCGCUUUCGAGGGACUACGUCUAUUAAUAUGCUGGCAACAACAGCAAAAACAGCAACAAAACAGUAAUCAUCUGGAGAUUUAAAUGAAACCGAAGGCAUCUGAUUUUAAGAAAGCACGGACAACAUAAAUAGAGUAUAAUCUCAAGUCAAUCGCAAACGUCGUCUGCAAUUCCAAAAGUCCCUAACAUGACAGUUGUUACCUUCUGAGAAGGUUCUUUGUUUAAAUCUCCCUUUGAUUAAAUAUAUAACAAGUCACGUAAAAUA